AUGAAAGUGAGAAGAACUUAUGCUUUAGUUAUAGGAGGGGGGCCUACUGGAAUAACAACAAGUUUGUAUUUUCAAAAAUAUGGAAUACCUCAUAUAUUAGUUGAGAAGGAUAAAUAUAUCGAUAAAAUACCAAAAGCACAUUAUUAUAAUAAUCAAACAAUGGAAGUAUGGAGAGGGAUAUCCCAUUUAGAUAAAUGUAUUGAAAAUGAGACAGAAGACUUAAAAUUAUGGAGAACAUUUCAAUAUGGCUUAAGUAUUAAAAAAGAUAAAAAAAUUUGCUCAUAUGAUAAUUUUUUUAAUAAAUAUAUAUAUAGUAAAGGAAGUAAAAAUGGUUAUGUUGAUAAAUACUAUGAAGAUAUAAGUCCAUCUAAAGUUGCACAUUUAUCCCAAUAUAAAUUAUUAGGUAUUUUGUACACAUAUUAUAUGAAUAACAUAAAAUGUGAUAGUAAUAAAAAGAGAGAUUUUUUAAAAAAAAUAAAAUUAAAAUUGUCUACAUAUAAACUCUUUAAAAAUAUGUUUUCUAUUUCUGAUUUGUAUAAUUGGCCAAAAGAUGAAAACUUUUAUAGAGAUUUUUGGGGCUAUGAUCCUUCUGAGGUAUUAAUAGGAUAUAAAUUUGUAAAUUUUAUGAAUAUAAACGAAUUAAAUGAGAUUAAGGAAGGAAGUGAACAAAUUGAAACAAAACAAAUUCAUGAUGAUAAUUGUGAAAAUAAUAAAACAAAUAAACAAAACUUUAUAAUGACUUGUGUUAAAAAUCUAUACAAUAAUGAAGAAGAAAUAAUUUUUAGUAAUUAUGUUUUUGUUUCUGAAGGAGGCAAAAGUGAAAUUAAAAUGAAAUUAAAUAUAAAUGAUGAAAAUAAAAAGGAUUAUAUGAAAUUUGUAAAUAUACAUUUUAGUUCUAUUUAUUUAAGUAAAUUAGUAAGAUAUAACCCAUCUAUGUUAUAUUUUAUAUUUAACAAAUAUAUAGGUGUUUUAGUAUGCCAUAAUUAUAAACAUGGGGAUUUCGUUCUACAUGUACCAUAUAUAAUACAAAAAGAGUUAGAGAUAUAUAAUAAUAAAACUAAAUGCUUGGAUAUAAUAAAUAAAUUAGUUGGUUUUCAAUUAAAUGAUGUCCAUAUAUAUAAUAUUUACAAAUGGACCAUGCAUAGUUCAAUUGCAUCUACAUUUGUUGAUAAAAAAAGUAAAAGAAUUAUACUUUUAGGAGAUUCAGCUCAUAAAUUACCUCCUUCAGGGGGAUUUGGAUUAAACUUAGGAAUUGGAGAUGCACUAAAUAUAACAUGGAAAAUUAUCAGAAUUUUCAAAUUUGAAAAGAAUUUAUUUUUUGAAAAUAUUAAAAAUUUAAAUAUUUCUCAAGUAGAUAAAAGUUGUUAUAAAACUUAUUUAAAAAAUGAAAUAAACAAAAAUAACAAUUUUUAUAAUUUAUUAUAUAAAUAUAAAAAAGACAAAAUUUAUAAUUACAUUGAUUCAUAUAAUAUUGAAAGAAAAUUAGUAGCAUAUUAUACUAUUUUCCAUGCAGUUAAAAAUUAUGAAAAAGGUAAUAAUAUAUCAAGUAUAUUAGGAUAUAAUCAUAGUCUGGUUGCAAAUAUUAUUGAAAAAAUUUCUAAUAAGUUUAUUCAAAAUUCAUUUUUAUUUUAUUCCUUAAUUAAUAAUGUUAAGGUUAUUUUACAUUUUAUUAAUACACUUCCAUAUGUGUUUGAGUACAAACAAAUCAAAUCAGAAAAUUAUUCUAAAAAAAGGGGAAAUAUAUUAAACUUGCUAUAUCCUGGUAUUGAUUCAUGUUAUUCUUAUAUUAACACUAUGAACUCUCUUGAUGAAAAAAUAGUAGUCAAUUAUAAUGAUGAUAAAAUAAUUCAACAAAAUGGAAUAUAUGAAAAUUUUAAUAAAAGUGAUGAUCAUAUUAAAAAUGAUGUUUUUGGAAAGGUAAAAAAAAAAAAAAACCCAAAUAUACAUAGAGAGGAAAUCAAUAAAUGCAAUUCUCAAAGUAAUGACAAAAUAGAUAACAGUAAUAAUAAUGUUUCGAUAAAUAAUAACAUAUGCAAAGAAAAUCAUGAGAAUUCCAUUGAAAAAGAUAAUAUUUUAAAUUUUUUAAAAAAAACAAAUGAUAAAAUAAGUACAGAAUAUAAUAAAUCGAGUAAUAAUGAAAAUGAUGAUAACCCUUUUUUAAAUUCUCAAAUUUUUGAAGAAAAAAAAGAUAAUGUACCAAUAUUAAAGGUUUGCGAAAAUAUAUACGAAUAUAAAAUAAGUAAUGUAAAUGGUGGAAAAAUUCCUCAUUUUAAUAUUUACACAUUUGUGGGUAAUCAUAUAUAUAAAAUAUCAACAAUUGAUUUGCCUGUAUUUAAUAAUCCAUUCCUAUCAUUUUUAGUAAUAGUAUUUGAUAACACAUUUUUAAAUAAUUUAAUUGAUGAUCUUUUAUAUCAUAAAAUUGACAAAGAUAAAUUUUCUUUUUGUUUUUGGGGUUCUGAUGUUGUAGUAUAUCAAAACCAAGAAAAUCAGCAGAUUGAAUUUGUAGAAGAAUAUAAUUUUAAAAAAAUAAAUAAUAAUAUAUAUAAUAGUAUAAUAAAUAUCAAUACCAAUUUAUUCUCAAGAAAUAAUAAUGAACAUAUUUUAGAGAAUAUUUCAAAAGUUAAAUAUAAAGAAAUAUCUCCAAAAGGUUACAAUGUUAAUUAUGUAUUUUCAGCAAAAAUCAUACAAGAAAUGUUUUUAAACGUUCUUCAAUUAAAAUCAAAAAAUUCUUAUGUAAUUGUCAGACCAGACAAACAUAUUAUAUCAGCUUCAAACAAUAAUUUAUUGGAUAAAUUAAUCCAAAUAAAUAAACUUUAUAUUUAA